UUCGUCAUGGCAAGAACUAAACAAACCGCCCGCAAGUCCACCGGUGGAAAAGCCCCGAGGAAGCAGCUCGCUACUAAAGCCGCACGUAAGAGCGCUCCAGCCACCGGUGGAGUCAAGAAGCCUCAUCGUUACAGGCCCGGUACCGUAGCGCUGAGAGAGAUCCGCCGUUAUCAGAAGUCCACUGAGCUGCUGAUCCGCAAACUGCCUUUCCAGCGUUUGGUGAGAGAAAUCGCUCAGGAUUUCAAGACGGAUCUGCGCUUCCAGAGCUCCGCCGUCAUGGCCCUGCAGGAGUCCAGCGAGGCCUAUUUGGUCGGUCUCUUUGAGGACACCAACUUGUGCGCCAUCCACGCCAAGAGGGUCACCAUCAUGCCUAAAGACAUCCAGCUGGCCCGCCGCAUUCGUGGAGAACGCGCUUAAAUCCUCAGCGGCGUCCCUCACAUCUACCCCAAGGGCUCUUUUAAGAGCCACAUCAAUUAUACCCAAAGAGAUAUUUUCCAGUAGUUAAUAGUUUUUGAUGCUAUUGAUCC